ACCACCAUGCGCAGCUUUGCCAUGCGACCAUGGCACCGUUGCUACAGAUAUCAGAGGCCAGCAAUGCGAUGGGCAAGCACUGCAGUAGCCAGAGUGGCAGAGCCGUAUUGCUGGAGGAGCCUCUUCGGCGCCGCCGCGGCCGUGGCGCUUCCACUACUGCACCAGCGUGUGGAGUGCGACCAGCACGAUGCGACCAUGCAGGAGUGGUGGACGGACCCGGCGCAGUGCUCCGACUUCUGCGGCCAAUGGCGCCGCACCUGGAACCCCGACUGGGACGGUCGCGCGCCGCCCAAUGGGGAGAAGAUGAAGGCGGUGGGCGCCAUACGGCACCUGCUCUUCGUCCGCCAUGGCCAGUACGACCUGGACUCCGAGGAGCACGGCCUGACAGAGCUGGGCCGGAAGCAGUCGGAACGCCUGGCGCAGCGCCUGGUCACCGACCGGCUGACGCCCAAGAAAGACCGUUAUGGCGUGAUCCAGGUGCAAUAUGCGGGCAUCUGGGUAAGCAACGUCACGCGGGCCAUUCAAACUGCUCAGAUCUUGGCGGCGCACUUGCCGGACGUGCCGUUGAAGGAGCCUGAUCCAUUACUGGCUGAGGGCAAACCUACACAGCCACAUCCCAGUUCAUCACCCUCGAGGCUAUCUGACCUUUGGGAGGACUCGGUGCGCAUGGAGGCGGGCUUCCGUAAGUAUGUGCAUCGGGAAGUGGACUAUAAGAGAUUGGCGGACAAGGAGAAGAGAAGGAAGAAGAAAGAGAAGGAGCUGGGAGAUGGUUUCGUCCCCGAUGGCGCGACCAUCCCGGAGCCCAAAGCGGAGGACGCGACAGCGGAGCCCAAAGGCAAGGAGCCGGAGCACAUCUACGAGAUCUAUGUGUGCCAUAUGAACAUCAUUCGCUACUUCGUCAUGCGUGCCCUACAGCUGCCACCGGAGGCCUGGCUUCGACUCAGAGGUGAUAACACCAACAUCACCGAGAUCGUGGUCCACCCAGACGGGCGUGUCAGCUUGCAUCGCUUUGGAGACAUCGGACAUUUGCCACUGGACAUGGUCACCUUCCACUGACGACUUGGCUCAGCACUAUCUUCCACCGAAAUACAUGGAUUCAUUCAUUCGCUUUCACCACCAAGUUUGGGAGGCAAAGAACUUCCACCCUUGGACUGUUGGAGCAGCGAGAAAA